CUUCUCAACAACAUCCAGUUCCUACACUCCCAUUCAAAGGAAGCAGCAAGAACAGCAAUUGGAUUCAACAAAGGCAUCUGUGAAGAAAAGAGCGUUCUGUUCUCCUGGCUCAAUGUUAGCCUACCUCGAGUUUCGGAAACGACAAAAGGAUGAAGCGCUGAUGAUGAGCAGUGAGGUGCAUGAAAAAGGGCAAAAUUAUGAUGAUGAGCAGCUGAAUGAGACCGAUUGUGCUCUUCAGUUCGAUUGUGAGGGCAAUGAAGCAGCGGAACGAGCAUUUAUGGCACAGUUUGGAAUGGAAGAAACAUCAAGUGAAUUGUCCUCCAAAAGUAAAAAACAUCGAGGUCGAACAAUGCUCCACAGGGUUCACGCACGUUCAAGAGAGGAGCGUCCUGUGAUUGUUCUGAACUCAUUAGGUCAGCCAGUUGGACCUACUAAGGAGAUUGUGCAAGAGUUCAAGUUUUUUCUGGGAACGGUGGCAAGGGAUUCCGAACUUGCACCGCUUAACUACAGAAAUUUUCCUAGCCUACCGACACUUGAUAAGAUAUUGGAUUAUGUCCAGGAGAAGUAUAUGGUCCCCCAUGCCGGGUUAAAUUGGGUGAUGGAUGCUGUAAAUAGUUGUUGGAAAUAUUAUAAAUGCCAAAUCAAGAAGAAACACUUCUAUGCAUAUGAUACGGAUGAUUUAAGGUGGGAACAUAAACCAGAUACAAUCUCCGAUCAGAUGUUCCUAGAUCUUCUACAAUAUUGGCAUACCGAUGAGGCGAAGGCAAUUAGCCAAAGCAACAAAAGCAAUCGUCUAAUGUUAGAUGAUAUGCACACUUUGGGACGCAAAUCAUAUGCUAUUUUACGCCAUGAGUUGCAACAACAAGAUCCCGACAAGAAAGAACCUUCUCAAGCAAAGGUUUACAAGGAAUCAAGAAAAAGAAGAGCUGAAAGGACAUACAUUAGCAGCUUUGAAAAAGCAAAAGAGAAUAUUGACAAAAUUGAUGCUUUGGAGUCAGCACAAUCACAAGAAGAUGGUAAUGUAUGCAAUGACCCUUACAGUGAAGUGAUUCCACCUCCUAAACGCAAAAGUCGUUUGCAUCUAUAUGGCUCGGGUGUGAAGAAGAGUGAUUUGAAGAACAAAGAUACAAAGUCAAAUUACAUACUCCCGGAGGAAUCCCUGGUAGACAUAAAAACACAAUUAGUCCAAGAAAUUGCACCUACCAUCACCGCUGCAGUUUUGGAUUCGAUUCGCGAGGUGAACCCCGGGAUUAAUCUUGUGGUUCCUAGUACUCUGCAGCAAUUGACUCCGCAUGAUGCAUCUAGUGCACCAAAUCGAAAUACUGCCCAAAGUGGACAAUCUUCAAAAUCAUUUAAUCAGGUGGUUGAUGACGAUGAGCUACCCCGGGAUGAAUGAAGUAAGGACUAAUGUUGAUUUUAUGUAUCUAUUGCAACUUCUAGAGAGCUUUCAAAUUAAACGUUUGUUAAUUAAUUAGCUAGUGAACUUUCAUUUAUAAUUAGUUAGUAUUGACACUUCAUUUACUUUUGUAAUGCAACGAAUAUAUAUUAUAUGUACUUCGUUUAUUUUGUAAUGCAACGAAGAUAUAUUAUAUGUA